UUUAAAGCAAUAUAACUAGUUUCUUCCCUCUCCUCCGCUCAUCUACUCAUCUCUUUCUUUUCAGGCAAUUUCAUCCAACUUCAAAGCCUCGAGCUUUCGCGACUCAAAACCGUAGAUUCUUCCUCUGUUUUGUUUGUUCUUCUUUUUUUCCUCGACGUCGGCGAUUCUUCCUCUGUCUCUUUCGGUGCAGUUUCAAAGUUUGCAUUCUGAAAUACUUACCGACUUCGAUUUCUCAAUAUUUUUCUAUCAGAAGAGACAGAAUUUGCAAGUAGCCGACUCAUUUGCUUAACUUCGUAUAAAUUUUAGCGUUCAAAAGUACUUUUAAUUCUUCUACAGAUAAAAAGUUCUUUCAUUUCAUGAAAAAUUAAUCUAAGAAGUUAUCAUUAUGGCCACUUUCUCUCACUAAAAGGGAGAGAGAGAGAGAGAGUGAAGAAAUUUCCACUUCUUCAUACCUUUCUCCAUACUGCAGCAAUAAAAACCUUCAAGUUUAAAUGGCGGACUCAGACAACGAGUCCGAAGGAGGCGGUGAAAGAGCUGGAAACGCGUCGGCCAAUGAGCUGUCACCGCGGGAGCAGGACCGGUUCUUGCCGAUUGCGAACGUGAGCCGGAUCAUGAAGAAGGCGCUGCCGGCAAACGCGAAGAUCUCAAAGGACGCCAAGGAGACGGUGCAAGAGUGCGUGUCGGAGUUCAUAAGCUUCAUCACCGGCGAGGCAUCCGACAAGUGCCAGAGGGAGAAGCGAAAGACGAUCAACGGCGACGAUCUGCUGUGGGCCAUGACCACCCUCGGCUUCGAGGACUACGUGGAGCCCCUCAAGGUGUACCUGCAGAGGUUCAGGGAGAUGGAGGGAGAGAAGAGCGUGGCGGUGCGUGACAAGGACGCCUCUGCCGGAGGCGCGUCCUCGACGGGUUUUGGAAACGGUGGUACGUUCGAACAGCCGGGUGGGGGUGGCGGGGUAUAUGGGAGUAGUAGCGGGAUGGGAAUGAUGAUGCAUCAGGGUGGACACGUGUACGGCUCCAGUGGGUUUCAUCAGCAGAUCGGUACUACCGGUAGUGGUUUUGGCGGGUUGGGGAAGAGUGGGACCGGUUAUGUUGGGCCUGGUUCGAAUACGGGUAGGCCCAGAUAAUUAUUUUCAUUAAUAGUUAAUGUGGGACCCUUAAGCUAUUUAUCAAACAUUUUAAAUAUAUAUCCAAGUGAGGGCAACUCCACUGUAAUAGAGCUUUUUAUGAAUUUAUAUGUGUUUUUUUUAAAAAUAAA